UUUUCUCCAUUUUUGUUGUUUAAAUCACUCGGCAGUCCUAUCUAAUCAAUAUGCCAACUGGCAAAACUGCCCGAUCGAUUGCCCCAAAUUUUGCCUUUCUUGUUAAAGAAUCAGUCUAAAAAUAUUUAGGAUGAGGCUUUUACUUUUCUUUAUUUUGUUAGGAAUUUAUGAAUUAUUUGAAGCCUCGGAUUUUGCUGGCAAAGAUGAUGUUUAUAAUGAAGAUCAUUUGAAAAUGCAUUUAGAAGACCAAAUGGAAAUAGGUGAGAAGAAAAUGACGCAGGAUCAAGAACGAUAUCAUUAUUUUACUAUGGCAGAUUCGAACGGAGAUGGUUUCAUUGAUGGAGUUGAAGUUUUUAAGGCCAUUCAUCACGACCAUGAAAAUGGAGAACAUCUCGCUUCACAAAGUGAUAACGAAAUUGAAGAAAAGGUGGAUGGUGUAUUGAAAUCUUUUGAUUUAGAUGGUAAUUCUGUGAUUGAUUAUUCAGAAUAUAUAAAAGGAAUAGAAAGGGAAGAAUAAUAUAAAAUAUUUCCUCUAAUAGAGUAGCCCCUAAGUUGAAUGCCCCUCCUAAUAAAACGGAGAAUAGAAUGCCCGGACACUCGAUUAGAGGAAAUACGGUGUUAAUAUUUGAUAAUUUAUUAUACAAUUUUUGAGUUCCUAUAUCCACUUUGCUUU